GUGAUUUUGAGGAACACCCAGAAAAGAAAAGAAGAAAGAUUUAUGUGAUUGACGAGCGUCUCCGACUCAGCAUCAAGCGAAAGCGAGAGAGAGACAGAGACAGAGACAGAGACAGCAGAGUCUGAGCGUCCUGGCAUGGUGAAUACGUGGGUGUCUCUUGUGAAGAGCCGGCAGUUUUGCUUUAUCAUCCAGGUGAUUCCAGCUUGUGUGAUCCAUUCCAUCCCCAUGUCACUCUCUUGAUCCACAUCGCAGGUUUUCGGUGAGAUUUGACUCCUGAAGCAUGGAGGUCUGCUAUGGAACUCCGAACGGAGAAGCAGUAGAUAAUAAUGGCCUCCAUCUGAUCAGAUACUCUGCUUACCAACCCUGCACCAAGUUGUCGUUGGUUUGGUUCGACUUGAGAGUGUUCUAUGUUCGGAUCAGUAAUUUUCAGGUUAAUGACUUGACCCCCGAAUUGCUCACUCUCAAUCACACGCCUUUAGAUCCUGAGACUUUACUCGAAGUGAAUGGCACUAGAAGUAGCAUAUAUUCGGAUGGAGUCUCGUGCCUUCUCAGGAGGGACAGGAUCGAUAAGAAAUCAGAAGAGGCCACGUUCGUGAGCACUGAUGCUAUAAGGUUGACAGGGAGUGUGAAAAUCGAGGUUUUUGAUAGAGAUGAUCGAAUUCUCUCAGGGGUUUUGGAGAUGUGUUCUAGUAAUGGCUCCACAGGUGAAUCAAAAGUUAAUAGGAAGAGAUGGAGCAUGAAAUGUCAAUCCGAGAUGGCAGUCGGCAAUGGCUUCUUGAAGGGUGAACACAACAUGGGACUGGAGUCAAGGCCUCCAACUAUUGAGGUUUAUGUCACGGGAUGCUUUGCAGGAAAUCCAAUAAUUUUGAUGAAUACAUUGCAGAUUAGCUUGCGGAAGAAGCACACAAGGAAAGGCAUGCUGGAUGCGAUUCCUGAGGACGAAACUAGUGUAUUCCAUAAAGAUGAGUCGCCAGGACUGGACUUACAGGUUGCAGAAUACAGAAACUACAAGCCAGAAAUUGACGAGGACUACAGCAUGUACUGGAGGAGGUCAGAACUCAUGGAAUAUGAAGAUGGCGAGCUCUCAUGGUUCAAUGCCGGAGUGAGAGUUGGAGUUGGAAUUGGGCUCGGCAUUUGUGUCGGGGUCGGCAUAGGGGUAGGGUUGCUGGUUCGUACUUACCAAGCAACUACUGGGAACUUUAAAAGGCGGCUCAUGUAGGUCAUCGCGGCUUUAAGUUCUAUACUACAAUCUGCGAUCUGCAGAGACCUCCUAGAUUGUGCCCUACUGGCUUUCCAGUCCAAUGUUCUUCAUCUGACUGAACAUUUUGGCUUCGAAUGUUUCAUUUCCGUGGCCGUGGCCAAGCGCGAGCGAUUCUCCGUG